AUGACGGGGAACUCCAGCGGUGCCAGGCUGGACAACGCCACGCUGUCCCUGUUCCAGGACGCUAACACCAGCCUGGCCAUCUCCGUGGUCUACAUGGUGGUCACCUCCGUCAACCUGGUGGGGAACGGCCUGUCCAUGUGGCUGCUGCUCUUCCGCACCUCCCCCAAGACUCCCUCCAUCAUCUUCAUGAUCAACCUGACCCUGACGGACCUGGCGCUGGGCACCGCACUGCCCUUCCAGAUCUCCUACCAGCUCCGGGGAUACGACUGGACGCUGGGCUCCAACAUGUGCAGCCUCCUGACCCUGGUGUUCUACACCAACAUGUACUGCUCCAUCCUCACCAUGACGGCCAUCGGCGUCGACCGCUACCUGGGCAUCGUGCGGCCGAUGCUGCUGCGGGGCCGGCAGAGGAAGUGGGUGGCCGUGGCCGUCUGCCUGCUGAUGUGGGCGCUGGUCCUCGGGGUGCUGCACCCCCUGAUGACCACCGACCUCACCUUCCACGUCCCCGAGCUCGGCAUCACCACCUGCUUCGACGUGCUGAAGAAGUCCAUGCUGCCGUCGGUGUCGGCCUGGGCCGCCUUCCUCUUCGGCAUGGUGGUCAUCCUGUUCCUGCUGCCCUUCUGCGUCACCACCUUCUGCUACGUCAGCGUCAUCGUCCGGCUGGGCCGCGACGCCCGGACGGCCCAGAAGCAGCGGGCCGUCCGGCUGGCGGUCGUGGUGCUGCUGGUGUUCGUGCUCUGCUUCCUGCCCAACAACGCGCUGCUGCUGCUGCACAGCGUGAUGCGGCUGUUCUACGGCCGCUCGCUGUACGCCGCCUACAAGCUGAGCCUCUGCCUCAGCUGCCUCAACAGCUGCCUGGACCCCUUCAUCUACUACUUCGCUGCAGACUUCAGGCUGAAGCUGAGGGAGAUCAUGAACCUGCACAGCCUCGGCAGCGCCGACUCAAUGAAGAUGGAGCAGAAAGACACGCUGUACUCUGGACAGUGAGCUAGCAAAGCGCUGUAGAGCAACGCAUUGUGAUGCAAAAGCCGCCGCAGCGGGAAGAACGUAAACGUUUAGCAGAUGGAGGUGUGAACGAGUGUUCAGCUCUUUUCUGGGUUCAGAUUUUAAAAUGCCUCAAAAAUGCCUUUAAAGUGACUUUUGUAAGUGAAUGUGAAUAAAGCCUGCUAUGUUAGCCUGAUUUUCCUAAAAAAAAAUGGUGUUUUUGUUUUACAUAUAUAUAUGUGUGUGUGUGUGUGUGUUUGUGUGUGUGUGUGUGUGUGUGUGUGUGUGUGUGUGUGUGUGUGUGUGUGUGUGUGUGUGUGUGUGUGUGUGUGUGUGUGUGUGUGUGUGUGUGUGUGUGUGUGUGUGUGUGUGUGUGUGUGUGUGUGUGUGUGUGUGUGUGUGUGUGUGUGUGUGUGUGUGUGUGUGUGUGUGUGUGUGUAAGCCAGUAUUAUCAGUGUUUCUGUUGACAAUUGUGUCUAGAAAUAUCUCUGUUCUGUGACAUGUGAUCUUGAAUUGAUGUUUCACCUUCUCGUCUCAAAUAAAGCUCUUUGAAUUUUUUAUUUUGUAUGAACGAGUGUGUUCGGCUCUUUUCUGGGUUCAGAUUUUAAAAUGCCUCAACGUGACUUUUCUUGUGAUACAUAGAACCCAAAGAUGGACAUUUAUAUCCAAGUAUUAUUCUGGCAUUUGUUUUUCCCGUUUAAAAAAAAGCUUCUCUUUUGUAUAUUAUGUUUAUUUUUAACAACAUAUGUAGCAUGAACAUGUGUAAAUGAAUGUGAAUAAAGCCUGUUAUGUUAGCCUGAUUUUCCUAUUAC